AUGUUACGUUGGUUGAUAUUAAUAAUAGUAUCGAUUGUAUUAAAUUUAGUAGAAUGUGCAAGGAUUUUAGCUAUAUUUCCUACACCGUCGAUAAGUCACCAAGUGGUAUUCCGACCUAUAGUGCAUGAAUUAGCGAGACGAGGUCAUGAUGUUGUGCUAAUUACCCCUGAUCCAGUGUUCCCUAAGGGCAAAUCUCCUACAAACCUAACAGAAAUCGACGUACACGAUGUAUCAUAUAAAUAUGUCGGUCAAUUAUUAUCAUCAGCUAGAGGAAGAAAAGAGGACUUCAUGGUGCAAUUGAGAGCAAUUUUCGAAGUAAUGCCUUUAAUAUUUGAAGCCCAACUUGAAGUAUCUGAAGUGCAAAAAGCCAUUUUGGAAGAAAGGGAUACGUACGAUUUAGUGAUUGUCGAAGCAUGUGUGAGAGCUGCAAUAGGAUUGAGCCAUAUAAUAAAGGCACCAAUGAUUCAAAUCAGUUCAUUGGGUGUUGCAGCACCACAAUACGCUAUAACAGGUUCUCCAAUACAUCCUUUCCUGUAUCCAACACCACUACAACAACGUAUUUACAAUUUAACACUACUUGAGAAAAUCAGUCAAACAUUUUCAUUCAUAACUCUGGUCUAUCAUAUUUAUAGUACGCAGCAUCUAGAUUAUAAGCUGACUGGAAAGUACUUUGGUGAGGACAUGCCUCGCUUCGAAACCUUAUUCAGGAACGUAAAAAUGAUUCUUGUUAAUGAGCACCCUCUCUGGACUGACAAUCGACCAGUUGCUCCAAACAUUCUCUAUAUUGGAGGAAUACAUCAAGCGCCGGAUAAACCUUUGUCAAAUGAUCUCCAAAAAUACCUGGAUUCAUCUAAAAAUGGCGUUAUUUACAUAAGUUUUGGAUCUAAUGUGAAAUCACAUGAUCUUGAUCCUGAUAAAAUUAAAGUUAUGGCAGACGUUUUGUCGGAACUACCGUAUGAUGUGUUGUGGAAAUGGGACAGUGACACAUUACCUGGAAACUCUAAAAAUAUCAAAACGUCCAAGUGGUUCCCACAAACUGAUCUCUUAAAACAUCCCAAUGUUAAAGUAUUCGUAACACAAGGUGGACUACAAUCAACUGACGAAGCCAUUAAUGCUGCAGUCCCUCUAAUCGGUAUUCCAAUGCUAGCCGAUCAAUGGUAUAAUGUCGAAAAAUACGUUCAUCAUAAAAUAGGAAUGAGUCUAGAAUUUCCUAGUCUUACAGCUGAAGGAUUUAAAAAUGCCCUUGAAACUGUUAUCAAGGAUCCGAGCUAUAAAAACAACAUUAUUCGAUUGCGUUCCUUGAUGAGAGAGCAUCCAGUCCCUCCUUUGGAAAACGCUGUGUGGUGGAUCGAGCAUAUUAUUCGACAUGGCGGGGACCACCUCCAACCACCAACUGCUGGCAUGUACGGCUUCAUCGAAUAUUAUGAAGUUCGACUAUUCCUAACAUUGUUAUCAAUCCUGCUCAUAACAUUGUACCUUAAAUUAUUGCUCAUAAGGUUCAUUUUUAGAUUAGGGAAAAAAUUAAUAGCGAAGGAAAAGAAAAUCAAAGUACAAUAAAUGAUAA